UUCCUGAUCAUGUGACCCGAUGAUGUCACACCAGUUGUAUUAUCUGCACAUAAUUCCGACAAACGUUAUAAAUGAUUAUCAUUAAGACCAGUCCAGUUCCGGCACAUUCAGCUUUAUCGUGCUAACAGGGGUCCGCCUUGAUGUAGGGAAAGAAGGAAAAGAGAAUUUUUUUAGAGCUAUGAUAAACUAAUUGGAACAAGAAAUAUUGAGAUACUUUAGGAAACUACUUUUAGUAACAACUAAUACCGCAUUGGGGAAAAAGUACUAGUCACGUUUAAGGGAUAGUUCAACCAAUAAUGUAAACUUAAAGGAAACUGGUGCUUGACCCUGCCUCUAUUUGUGACCAUGUUUUUUAAUAAAUUCUGAUCCAGAUGGAUCCACCCACCUCGUUACAUCAGCCCUGUAACAGUUUUUAUGCCUGUAGAUUCAGAAUAAUUUCAAAAACUAUAUUCUUUUAUAAAGCAGAGAAAGGCUUGACAUUCAGGCUCGACAGUGAAGCCUUCGAUGUCGAAAGCAUUUUAACAGCUGGCAAACUAAUUUUGCACCAAUAUCUGUACCCUAUUCGGAUUUCAGAGUAAAAAUAUUUGUACAUUUUAAGCUCUGAAAUGCAUUUUUAUCACUCGCCAUUGUGACAACUCUCCAUCAGGUAGUAGUAGCCUAAAGAUUUCAGAGGCAAUGUGGAUUAACGUAAUUGACAAAUGCAGUCCGCCACAAAUUCAAACCAAUUGAGAAAUCCUCAGAAAAGAACCGCUUUGAAAAAGCAAGAAAAACAAGCAAAGUGACAAAUUAAUAUUGUUUAACAUAUUCUAGGAAAACAAAAACCUUGGGACAAACCAGGCUCAGUUGGGGCCAGGUCUUCUUUGGCAGAACAACCGGCCCUUAACUUUAGUUCAAUUUUAAACGCAGCCAUGUCAGAUUGUCUAAAGGACUUUUUGAUAGUUUUUUUGUUUUGUGUCUGUGUCUGGUUGCGGUGAUCUGUCCAUGGGGCUCAUCUGCCAGAGGUAACAUAUACAGAGUAAACAAUAAUGGGCCAAGAACUGAACCCUGUGGAACUCCGCAAUUAAGAGGUAUAGUGGAGGACGUCUGAUGACAAUACGAACAUUAAAACAUCUUUAAGACAAAACCAUUGUAAGACGUCUCCAAACGUCACACGGUCUAAGCUUUUUCCCCUUACGUUACUUUUACUUUUGUACUUUAAGUAGUUUUAAACCAGUACUUUUACUUGAGUAAAAAGCUUGAGUUGAUACUUCAACUUCUACAGAACCCUUUUUAAACCCUAGUAUCUAUACUUUUCCUCGAGUAAAGAAAGUGAAUACUUUUGACACCAGGGAUAAAGAUGUUGAGUGGAUGCUCUCCACACAUAGUACAUGUUCAUUAAGUUUUUUUUCUUUAAUUGCGCUAAAUGCCAGCCCUAAGCCAUUGAGAUGUACAAGUACUUACAUAAAAACCUAUACAAAGCAGCCAGAAAGAAAAACAUCUGAUGUACUGUCCAAAGACCAUAACUUUGCAAAAAGAUGAGCACUGAUUCCAGAGGAGGAGCCUUUCUAAACUACAGAGGAGAGCAGAGUAAACGUGCAUGUUGUGACAUGUUAACAAGAAGUUUUAACUUGCAAUAUAUAAGUACUGUACAGCACAGCACUGUAGGACGAAGAACAAAGACCUACACACAUUACCUGAACCAUGAGCCGAUGAAGGAAGAUGGCAUCUUUUAAAGAGUUGCUUGUGGACUCCCUGAGAGAGCUGGUAGAAGUUGAACUGAAGGAGUUUCAUUGGCGCUUAAGGAAUGCAUAUCAUAUAUCAAAGGCUGAAAUGGAGAAGGCAGAUAUAUUUGACACAGUAGAUAAGAUGGUGGUGAGUUUUGGACCAGAAGAAGCUGUGAAAAUCGUGGUAGACAUCCUGAAAAAAUGAAGCAAAAUGAUCUGGCUGAACAGUUGGAGAAUGAACACAAGCAAGCUCAGGCUAAGAGCAAUAUGAAAAUACCUGUUGCUGUUGGAGGUAAUUCACAACAUAUCUGGAGUAAAUAUCAAAGACUGUCUGUAAAAGGAAACAAGAAAAUAUUACACAAGCAGCAAUUACAGGGAUGAAGAAAAUAGAAACAGAUAUAGAAAACAUGAAAAACAUUAUUAAUGAUAAUCUGGUAUGAAAAUAUUUCUCAAAUAUGUUAAUUUUUUCCCCUCAACAUUUAUUACAGAGCCGAAAAACUGUUUUGAAAUUCACAAAACAAACAUGAAGAAGAAAGUAGAAUAUAUUUUUGAGGGUGACAAAGAAAAUAAAGCACAACUCAAGGCUGUUUACACAGAUCUGUUCAUCACAGAGGGAGAUAUGAAAGAUGUCAAACAUGAGCAUGAGAUUCUGAAGAUUGAUGAUGCUUUCAAGAGCAAAAAUACACAGAACAAACCAAUCCACUGUAAUGAUAUAUUUACCGAACUGAGUAAAAACAAUGAGAAAAAGAUUGUGCUGACCAAAGGAGUCGCUGGCAUUGGAAAAACCGUCUCUGUGCACAAGUUCAUCCUGGACUGGGCAGAAGGAAAAUCCAAUCAAGAUAUACACUGUGUGUUCCUGAUUCAGUUUAGAGAAAUCAAUGUGAUUAAAGAAAAAGAAGUCAAUCUCCAUGAGUUUCUGCUGAAAUUUUAUCCUAAACUGAAUGACUUGGAGAAAUCAAAGCUAUAUAAGGAAUGUAAGCUAGCAUUUAUAUUUGAUGGACUUGAUGAGAGUCGACUGAAAUUUAACUUUACAAGUAAAACAUUGGACACUGUUGAGGAAAGAGCAUCUGUAGAUGUGCUCAUUACAAGUCUGGUCAAAGGGACUCUGCUUCCAUCAGCUCUUGUCUGGUUGACAUCACGACCAGCAGCAGCCAAUCAGAUUCCUCCUCAGUAUGUAGGUUUGUUCACAGAGGUGCAAGGAUUCACUGACCAACAGAAGGAGGAGUACUUCAGAAAGAGAUUCACAGAUGAGAGUCUGUCCUCCAGAAUCAUCUCACACAUUAAGAUGUCUCGUAGUCUCUACAUCAUGUGCCACAUUCCUGUGUUCUGCUGGAUCACAGCCACAGUACUUCAGGAUAUUCUCACUGAGAACAAUGAAGAGAACAUCAGCACAACACUCACUGAAAUGUACAUUCACUUCCUGAGGAUACAGAUGAACAUAAAGAGUCAGAAAUAUGAUGAACAACAAGAAAGAGAAUGUUCAGAACACUUACAAUUAAAUAAAGAGAUGAUUUUGAAGUUAGCCAAGCUAGCGUUUGAACAGUUAAAGAAGGAAAACAUUGUGUUUUAUGAGAAAGAUCUGAAAGCAUGUGGUAUUGAUGUGAGUAAAGACACUGAGCUCACAGGAAUGAUCACUGAGAUCUUUAGGAAGGAAGUUGGACUUUACAAGAGAAAGGUUUAUUUUUUUGUACAUCUAAGUGUUCAAGAGUUCCUCGCUGCAUUGCAUGUGUUUAUCUGUUACCUGAACAAGGACAAGGAACAGCUUCAGUUUUUCUUUGAGGGUUCACAAACUAGUCAUAAAAAGCUUACAUUUCAUUUUAGAAAGGUCAAAUUGCAUGACUUAACAAAGAGAGCCACUGAUAAAGCAAUGCAGAGUAAAAGAGGGCAUCUGGACCUUUUCCUGCGGUUUCUGAUGGGAAUUUCACUAGAAUCCAGUCAAAACCUGCUCAAAGGCCUGAUCACACACACUGAAGACACCACAGAGAGCAUCAGAAAAGUAAAUGCACACAUUAAAAAUUUACAAAAAAUAGACAUGUCAGACGAAGCUUCAGUCAACUUAUUUUACUGCUUACUUGAGCUCAAAGAUAAUUCAUUAUAUGAGGAAAUCCAGAGUUACCUCAGUUCAGAUGAACAUCCAGGAAGAGAUCUCUCAUCUUCAAUGUGCACAGUGCUGACCUACAUACUACUGAUGUCAGAGAAGAUGCUGGAUGAGUUCAACCCAAAGAUGUUCACAUCAUCAUCUUUCAACUACACAAGACUCAUUCCAGCUGUGAGAUGCUGCAGAAAAGCCCUAUUUGACGGAUGUGGUUUUGAUAAAAGAUGCUGUGAAACUGUGUCUUCUGCUCUACAAUCAUCAAACUCUCAUCUGAUAGAGCUAAACCUGAGCAGCAAUCACCUGCAGGAUUCAGGAGUGAAGCUGCUUUCUGAUGGAUUAAAGAGUCCACACUGUCAACUGAACAUACUGAGGCUGUGUAGCUGUGAUCUCACUGCUCAGUCCUGUGAAAGUUUGUCAUUAGCCCUACAAUCCUCAAACUCUGUCCUGAGAGAAUUGGACCUGAGUAACAAUGACCUGCAGGAUUCAGGAGUGAAGCUUCUUUCAGAAGGAAACUCUAAGCUGGAGAAAUUAAGAUUGUCCAUCUGUAAUCUCAAUGCACAGUCUUGUGGGACUUUAUCAUCAGUUUUACAAUCAUCAAACUCUGUCCUGAGAGAACUGGACCUGAGUAACAAUGACCUGCAGGAUUCAGGAGUGAUGCUUCUUUCUGAAGGACUGAAGAGUCCAAACUCUAGGCUGGAAAUGUUAAGAUUGUCCAUAUGUAAUCUCACUGCUCAGUCUUGUGAGAGUUUAUCAUCAGUUUUACAAUCUUCAAACUCUGUCCUGAAAGAACUGGACCUGAGUAACAAUGACCUGCAGGAUUCAGGAGUGAAGCUGCUCUCUGAAGGACUGAAGAGUCCAAACUCUAAUCUGGAGAUACUGAGGUUAUCUGGCUGUAUGGUGACAGAGGAAGGUUGUGGUUAUGUGUCUUCAGCACUGACUUCAAACCCCUCACACCUGAGAGAGCUGGAUCUGAGCUACAAUCAUCCUGGAGAUUCAGGAGUCAAGCUGCUCUCUGAAAAACAGGAGGAUCCAAACUGCUCACUAAAUAAACUCAAAGUUGAUCAUGGAGGAGAAUCCAGGAUUACUGCAGGACUCAAGAAAUAUGCCUGUUUUUUUACACUGGAUCCAAACACAGCAAACAAGUAUCUCAGUCUGUCUGAGGAGAACAGAGAGGUGAAGUGUGUGAAAGUGAAACAGUCAUAUCCUGAUCAUCCGGACAGAUUUGAUCACUGGCCUCAGGUGUUGUGUGGAGAGAGUCUGUGUGGGCGCUGUUACUGGGAGACUGAGUGGAGUGGACACGUGUGUAUAUCAGUGUCUUAUAAGAGCAUCAGCAAAAAGAGAAUGGGUGAAGAGUGUGUCUUUGGACGCAAUGAUCAGUCCUGGAGUUUGUUCUGCUCUCCUGAGAGAUACUUAUUCAGACACAGUAACAUAGUGAAUUGUCUGCCUGUGAAGCCCAUCAUGAUCAGAAGAGCAAGAGUGUAUGAUAUCUCUAGAGUAGGAGUGUAUGUGGAUGAGAGCGCAGGAACUCUGUCCUUCUUCAGCGUCUCUGACACAAUGAGACUCAUCCACACAGUCCAGACCACAUUCACUCAGACACUCUGUCCUGGGUUUACUGUUUAUUAUAAAUCCUCAGUGGUGGAAGCUGCCUCAUCUUCACUACCUUUGAUGGUGGGGUGGCUUGGCAUUCCCCAGGUGGAGAGCGUGGUUGCAGUGCACCUGUGCACUUGGAGGAAAGGUCCUCAUCUACUAAGGACAAUGGCGUCUGUUAAAGAGCUGCUUGUGGACUCACUGAAGGAACUGAGAAAAGCUGAACUUAAGGAGUUUCAGUGGCGCUUAGUGAAUUUACAUCUUGAGCACCUAUCAAGGUCUGAAUUGGAAAAGGCAGAUAGAUUAGAAACAGUAGAUAAAAUAGUAAAAUGUGUUGGACCAGAAGAAGCUGUGAAGGUCAUGGUGGACAUCCUAAGGCUGAUGAGCCAAAAUGAUCUGGCUGAACAGUUGGAGAAUGAACACAAGCAAGCUCAGACUGAGCGCAAUAUUAAGACAUCUGUUGCUGUUGGAGGUGAUUCACAACAUAUCUGGAAGCUGCAAAGCUUUUUUGAAACUCACAAAAAAAACAUGAGGAAGAAAGCAGAAUGUAUUUUUGAGGGAAACAAAGAAAAUAAAGCACAGCUCAAGGCUGUUUACACAGAACUUUUCAUCACAGAGGGAGAUAUGAAAGAUGUCAAUCACGAACAUGAGAUUCUGAAGAUUGAUGAUGCCUUCAAGAGCAAAAAAACACAGGAUAAGCCAAUCAAAUGCAGUGAUAUAUUUACAGAACUAAAAAAUGAAAAAAACAAUGAGAAUGAGAAAAAGAUUGUGCUGACUAAGGGCAUCGCUGGCAUUGGAAAAACUGUAUCUGUGCACAAGUUCAUGCUGGACUGGGCAGAAGGAGAAUCCAAUCAGGAUAUACACUGUGUGUUCCUGCUUCCAUUCAGAGAGAUUAACUUAAUGACAAAUGAAGAUUUCAGUCUCCACGAGCUUCUGCUGGAAUUUUAUCCUGAACUGAAGGACCUGAAGGACCUGGAGAAAUCAAAGCUGUAUAAGCAAUGUAAGAUAGCAUUUAUAUUUGAUGGACUUGAUGAGAGUCGUCUGCCUCUAAAUUUUAAAAGUAGAUCAUUAAACAAUGUUAAGAAAAAAGCAUCUGUAGAUGUGCUCUUUACAAGUCUGGUCAAAGGAACUCUGCUUCCAUCAGCUAUUGUUUGGGUGACAUCACGACCAGCAGCAGCCAAUCAGAUCCAUCCUCAGUAUGUGGGGUUGUUUACAGAGGUGCGAGGAUUCACUGACCAACAGAAAGAGGAGUACUUUAGAAAGAGAUUCACAGAUGAGAGUUUGGCCUCCAGAAUCAUCUCACACAUUAAGAUGUCUCGUAGUCUGUAUAUCAUGUGCCAUAUUCCUUUGUUCUGCUGGAUCACAGCCACAGUACUUCAGGAUAUUCUCUCUGAGAACAAUGAAGAGAACAUCAGCACAACACUCACUGAAAUGUACAUUCACUUCCUGCUGAUACAGAUGGACCUGAAGAACCAAAAGUAUGAUGAACAAGAAGAAAGAGAACGUACAGAGCACUUACAAAUAAAUCAAAUUAUGAUUUUAAAGUUAGCCAAGUUAGCAUUCGAACAACUGAAAAAGGAAAACAUUGUGUUCUAUAAGGAAGACUUAAAAGAAUGUGGUAUUGAUGCGAGUAAAGACACUGAGUUCACAGGAAUGAUUGCUGAGAUCUUCAAAAGGGAACACAGACUUCAUGGAGCAAAGGUCUUCUGCUUUGUGCAUCUGAGUGUUCAAGAGUUUCUUGCUGCAGUGCAUGUGUUCAUCUGUUACCUGAACAAGAACAUGCAGGAGCUUCAGUUUUUCUUUGAUGAGCCAAAAGAAAAUGUCACAUUGGAGGAGUUACUGCAGAAGGCCAUUGAUAAAGCAAUGCAAAGUAAGAGAGGACAUCUGGACCUGUUCUUGCGGUUUCUGAUGGGAAUUUCACUGGAAUCCAGUCAAAUCCUGCUCAAAGGCCUGGUCACACAGACUGAAGACACCACAGAGAGCAUCACCGAAAUAACUGAAUAUAUUAAAGAAAAACAAAACAAUAUAUCAGAUGAAGCUCUAGUCAACUUAUUCUACUGCUUACUUGAGCUCAAGGACCAUUCGUUAUAUGAGGAAAUCCAGAGUUACUUCAGUUCAAAUGAACAUCCAGUAAUAGAUCUCUCAUCUUCAAUGUGCACACUGCUGACCUCAGUACUGCUGAUGUCAGAGAAGGUGCUCGAUGAGUUCAACCCAAAGAGGUUCACAUCAUCUCCAGCAGACUACAAGAGAAUCAUUCCAGCUGUGAGAUGCUGCAGAAAAGCUCUACUUAAUGGCUGUGGUUUUGAUGAAACAUGCUGUGAAACUGUGUCUACUGCUCUACAAGCAUCAAACUCUCAUCUGGCAGAACUGAACCUGAGUAACAAUCACCUGCAGGAUUCAGGAGUGAAGCUUCUUUCUGAUGGACUGAAGAGUACAAACUGUCGACUGAACAUACUAAGGCUGUGUGGCUGUAAUCUCACUUCUCAGUCCUGUGAAAGUUUAUCAUCAGCUCUACAGUCCUCAAACUCUGUCCUGAAAGAGCUGGACAUGAGUUACAAUGACCUGCAGGAUUCAGGAGUGAAGCUGCUUUCUGAUGUACUAAAGAGUCCAAACUCUAAGUUGGAGAUAUUGAGACUUUCCAUCUGUAAUCUCACUGCUCAGUCUUGUGAGAGUUUGUCAUCAGUUUUACAAUCCUCAAACUCUGUCCUGAAAGAGCUGGACCUGAGUAACAAUGACCUGCAGGAUUCAGGAGUGAAGCUUGUUUCUGAUGGACUGAAGAGUCCAAACUCUAAGCUGGAAACACUGAGGUUGUCUGGCUGUAUGGUGACAGAGGAAGGCUGUGGUUAUGUGUCUUCAGCUCUGACUUCAAACCCCUCACACCUGAGAGAGCUGGAUCUGAGCUACAAUCAUCCUGGAGAUUCAGGAGUGAAGCUGCUCUCUGAAAAACAGGAGGAUCCAAACUGCUCACUGAACAAAUUUAAUGUUGAUAAUGGAGGCGAAUCCAGAAUUACAGCAGGACUGAGGAAAUAUGAAUGUUUUCUCACACUGGAUCCAAACACAGCAAACAAAUAUCUUCGUCUGUCUGAGGAGAACACAGAGGUGACGAGUGUGAGAAAGAAGCAGUCGUAUCCUGAUCAUCCAGACAGAUUUGAUGUUUGGGAGCAGGUGUUGUGUAGAGAGAGUGUGUGUGGACGCUGUUACUGGGAGACUGAGUGGAGUGGGAUUGUGGAGAUAUCAGUGUCAUAUAAGAGCAUCAACAGGAAGAUAGAUGAUGAGGAGAGUUUGUUUGGAGGUAAUGAUCAGUCCUGGAGUUUGAUCUGCUCUCCUCAGAGAUACUCAUUCAGACACAGUGACAUAAAGACUGAUCUCUCUGUAAAGCCCAUCAUCAGCAGAAUAAGAACAACAACAACAGUGCUUAAUGAUAUCUAUAGAGUAGGAGUGCAUGUGGAUGAGAGCACAGGAACUUUGUCAUUCUUCAGUAUCUCCAACAACAUAAUGAGACCCAUCCACACAGUCCAGACCACAUUCACUCAGCUGCUCUAUCCUGGGUUUGGUGUUUGGUCUGGAUCGCUGAAACUGUGUUGAUGAAUCAAAAGAUACCGAGCAGAGAUUCUACCCAUAAUGCUUUGAGCUGUGAGAUAAAUCAGUAACGGUGUGAUGUUGAGACCAUAUUCAUGACAUUAAUACUGCAGCUCCACUUCUUUUACUGAAAUCUAUUAUGAAACCUUAUCAGAUGAAUUACAUGGAUUUAAAACGGGGUCAGAUUAAACUGUGUGAGGUAUAAAAAAAAGUGUUGUAAAAAGUUAACAACAACAACAAAAGUAAUAGCAUAUUUACAAUAUCCACAGGGAACUUGAAACAACACAAUAAAACAAGAAAUCCUAGCUGUUAAAAGCAUGUUCAGUCUUUCAGUCCAUAACAUUAAAAUAGUCUUUAAGAAUUCCAGCAUGCUGUAAAUGAGUGUCCACCAGUGUACACAACAAUUCAAAUAAAGUGAUAAAAAAAAGUGAGAUGCUGGGAUGGUAAGUCUUUAAAACAACUAAAUCCAGAUGGUGUAGCUCACUGGUGUUUGGUCAUUUUUUUCUCAAUUUUGUAUUCAAAGUAGUAUUUUGCCUAUAUUCAACAUGUCAUAUUUAAAACAUUAUUAUUUAAAAUGUAUAAUUAAACUUCACAAAAUGAAUAAGGUCAUGUGGCAAAAACAUUUUGAUACUGUGACUUGACUUGAUCCUUAGCAAAGCUCGACUUGAAUCAUUUGAGUUGAGCCACUGACUUGACUUGCUUAAUUUGUACAUGUAUUGACACAAUUGGUCAGGUCUUUUCUGUUUGGCCUCUGUUUCACUUAUUUUAGACCCCUUCGUAACAGAACAAUCGGCUAUGCAAGGAUCCAGCAGCUUUUCAGGUGGACUUUGGUCAUGUAUGGACACAGCAAAACUGUUAUUAACCCUAGAGCACAAAUGUUGAUCAUUCAAGGACUAUUUGCGAGAGUAUUUGCAUGUUUCUUUGAUCUGAUGGACUGUAUACUACACGUUAAUCAGCCGCUCAGAUCCUGACUAAUCCGCUAGGGCCCCCGGUCAUCACUCAUGGAGUUAAUGCACUAUGCUUUAUGACUGUGGGAUCUUCGCUUACUAGUGUCUCGGAGGAAGAACGUAUGCUAGCGUUGUGUCUGUGACGGAAAUGGCAGCAGCCGCAGAGUCAACAUGCAUAAUGGCGGACGUUAUGUCACAGCUGCCAAUGAUGAGCCAAGUCAAGCUUCGCUUGAUCUUCGUAAGCUGUAGAAGAGUCUCGUCACAUCACCGCAGGUCUACUAGAGUCACAUCUGAUCGGUUCAGAGGCACGUCUCGCCCUCACCAACUAUCCAGGGUCACGUAAAGCCACCACUGAUUCUCACAAGUUUAGUAGAAGUUUCAUAGAUUCUGAUUGAAGUCAUCACUGAUCUGAACGAGUUAAGUUAAGUCAGUGUCAAUUUUCACCAGUCAGGUCAAGUCAUUGCCAUUCAUCAUCUCGUAGCGGACAUGUUUGACUCACGUCACUGCUGGUCUGCCAGAGUCAAGUCACAUCUCCAAUGAGUAAUUUUUGUCGUAAUGUUCAUAAGAGACGCAGACAAAAAACUAAAACGAAAAUCUUUUGCCAUUUUUGUCAACUGAUAAAAACAAGAUGAAAAUGUUAGGGAAGGAUGAUUUGGGAUAAGAUUUAUUCAGAAUGAAUAAGGUUCGCUUUAGAUUACAGCCCACGGUUGUGACACUUACACAGUAACUACAGGUAACAUUAUACAUAACUUAUACAAGUCAAGUCAGUGGCUCAACUCAAAUGAUUCAAGUCGAGCUUUAUACAUAACUAUAUUUACGUAGAAUAAAAUGUACUAUUACUUGUGUUGUGUAUUAUGAUGUUAUAUUUAUAUGUUAUCAUGGGAGCAGCUGGAAACAAGUUUCCAGUUUUCAACUGUACUGCACUUUGACGGUUUACUGAUUCUGACAGACUCGCUGCUGAGAGGACAAUAAGCAAUGCUUUUUCAUUAGGUACUUUACUGUAAUUACUAAAUUAUAUUACUACAGUUUACUAUUUGUAUCAGUAAUUUAAGAGAUAUGUGUCACACAUGUGGACUCUUUGUUGUUGUUGCACUGCACAACGGCUGAGGAUGAGCUGAUCUUAUAUCUGGGGCUGCUGGAUCUGCAAUAGGAGCUGGAUGAUGUGGAUCUGGAAGUAGACCUGGCACCUCUCCUGUAUCCUGAGUUCUUGAUUCUGUCCAGCCAUCCUGAAUGCCUGCUGGUUCCGUCCAGCCAUCCUGAGUCUCUGCUUCAAAACUGCCCCCUAAAGACUGUUCCUCAAGAGGUCCCUCCAGUGCCCGCUCCUCGAGCACUCCCUCCAGUGCCUGUGCCACGUGUGCUCCCUCCAGUGUCUGCACCUCGAGCGCUCCCUCCAGUGCCACCGCGACUGCCAGUGUCUACCAGCCCCUACAUUUAUCCUCAGCUCACCAUCUGGUGUUUGCCAAGGGUCUGCAGGUCUCCAUCAUCGUCGUGGUUGGAGGAUCCCUCGCCUCAUCUUCCGGCCUCCGAGUCCUGGACUCCACCUCGGCCUAUAGACCCGUCGGCUCCCCCUAGGUUUCUAGCUCCCUCCUCUACACCGUGCUCCACCAGCUCCAAAAGGCCCCAUCGUCCCUCUGGCUCCGCCUCGGUCUGUUGUCGACCAUCCAUCGCCUCGGGAUUCCUCUCCUCCUGCUUCACCUGCUACACCCCCCGCCCCCCCCUGGCUCCACCGUGGAUCUUCUGGGCUGUGCUCUGGAUCCCAUGGAUCUCCUCCUGCUCCGGAUCCCUCCUGUGUCUUCCAUGGCUCCUUCCUCCAUCUGUUCCUCCUUGGACUCUGUUUGCCGACCCCCUCCUGGGGGCACAACCUCCACCAAAACCUCCCCCCAAGUCCCGCUUUUGUUUUUUUUGUGACCUACUUUUAGUUAAUUGUCUUAUCAUCUUCAGCUGUGUCUUGUUUAUUAAGCAUUUACGUUGUGUACAUUGUCCUGUUGUUUGUAUUCAGUUUGUCCGACGUCGUCUUUUAUUGCGUGUGGUUUCUGUGUCCUGUCUACCUGCCCUUAACUUUGUUGUUUAUUUCAUGCCUAGAAGAUUAAAACUGUUUAAGUUCA